CAGUACCAUUUCGAGAUCUUCUUCUAGAGAGACCCCAAAAGGGAAUCUAUACGAACCGAUCAUGAUUCCGCGAAGCUUGGUAGAACUUUAUGGAAGGGCGAACCAUGUCAUACAGCGUAUACUUGGCCCGGAACAACCGCUGUCGGAGGCCGAAGAGCCAAUUCUUCCUAGGUCGUCAUCAUCUUCAUCAAUGGCAUCAACUCAGCAGUCUACACCCUCGUAUCGAUCUUCAAUAAACCAAAAUCUCCUUCGAAACUCUUUCCCAAAGGCUCUUUAUCCAUUUCUAUGUGUAUGGGUCGUGAUUUUUAUCUGGUUGAUCCGUCAGCAAUACUAUUAUUUUACGCCUCCUCACGACCUCAUUUCUUGCACGGCUUCACCAUGGGACGAUUGGCCCCCUGAUAACUGCGGAAUUAAUGGCGAGAGAUGCGCGGACGACUUGACAUCUUUGUCUGAUAGGACAUUCAGAUGUAUGAGCGGAUGUAAAGUUACCAGGCUAGGAAACGAGAGGUGGGUUGGUAAUGAGCGUGUCAAUGGCGUGCCGCUUGUUAUUGGUGGCGGGGAUAUGAACCAUACGUACCGAGCGGACUCUUGGAUCUGCGCUGCCGCGAUCCACUCCAAUCUGAUCUCCUCUUCUCUCGGCGGAUGCGUCACCGUCCAUCCCUUACCAUACCCUGCCGGCCAUUCCAACUUUAUCUCGUCUGCCGCUCAUGGCCUCACCUCUACAGCAUUUUCUCAAUACUUCCCAGGCGCGUUCACCCUUUCACACGUUAUCCCCUCUGGCUGUUGGGACUUGCACUUUAUUGUCAUGGGCGUCAACGCCGUCUGCCUGCUCAUCCUCACCCUCUUCCUCCGUCCUCCUUCUUCUCUCCUAUUCACUAUCCUCCUUGUUCUGGGAUAUUUCCAAAUCACUUUAUUUAGCGAUGUCCCACAUUUCCCGCCAGACUGGCAAUCCCUUUUCGGCGGACUCAUUCCUGUGCUGAUCACAGGCUACUGGAUCUGGAAACAGGCUUUCGUCAUCACUCUCCUCCAUUUUCGCGACGCACCAUUUACCUUAGCGCUUUGGCAGGGCGCAGGAUAUUGGGUAGGUGUGGAGAGUUCAACAGUCUUUGCCAGGUUUCCCAUCAGCAGGCUCGGGUAUGACACUCUUACUCCAUCUGGUCUUCUGGCUCUUGUGAUCAUCGUGGUCCUGAUCCACGUUGUCGUCGGAUACCAAGCGCUCGCCAUGCGUAAGCAGGGUCUACUCCGAUACUACCUCGUCCGCUAUCUCCCUUUCAUACCUAUCCUUCUCAUCCUUUCCAAUAUCCCAUCUUACACCCUUCGACUACACCAUUACCUCCUUGCUCUCCUCGCUAUCCCGGUUUUGUCCCUCCCCAACCGACUUAGUUUGGUGUUACAAGCAUUCAUGCUCGGUUUAUGGCUAGACGGCGUUGGAAGAUGGGGUUGGGCUAGUUUCCUCGAAAAGACUUCUUCUCUUCUCGGCGAUGCCCCCUCUGGCUCAUGGACACCCACAUUUUUCGCCAACCUCAGCUCCCCUCAUACCCUCUCCUGGUCACCCAUCACCCCCGAACAAGCUGCGGAGGAUGUAACCGGGUACUCCAUCUUAGUCAACGAUAUGCAGGCGUUUGCUGGAUGGGUGAAUAGUACAAUUGAUUUGAAAGGUGUACUGCGGGACGGGGUGAAUUAUUUCCGUAUCGCCUACGAGAAGAAUGGAAUGUCAAUGGACUUUAGCGACCCCAUUGUCCGAUGGAAGAAUGGUACAUGGGGAGGCAUGGAAGAGCCUGUAGAUCUUUUUUAGAGUGUAGACUACUCCUGUUUGUUGCGCAUCAUUAUUUGGGAUGUUGUAUUCACAUUGUAUGAACAAUUCAUGCAUAUAUUACGUUUUC